CGACAUUAAGUAAUAUCUUGAUUUUUAGUUGUUUGAUAUAUGCUUGUUAUACGUUUGUUGAAAAUUUAUAAAUUAUAUAAAAAUAAUAUUUUCUUCAUUCUCAGUUGUUGACAUAGUUCAACUAGCAGAUUUUAAAAGUGUUUUAUUGUUAUUAUGGGAUUUAAAGCGCGCCCAGACUCGCGAGGAGUACAGUUUCACGCUGCUUCCGCUUUAGUAAGAUAACACCUCAGAUUCCUCUCGUGCGCUUUUUUCUCAUCAGUGCGUGAAGCGUCUGCGCGUCCACGGCUGAGCACGAGCCUCUGCACGAUCAUCCCUCACGCAGCUCUGUCGUGAUAUGUAUAGAAGAAGAUAUGGCAUUAUUUAUUUGGAUAUUUUCCCGUCCAUAACACCACUUUGAAAAAACUUUGCGCUGUUGAAAACUUGUCUUUAGGAUUUUUUUUAUACAUAUAUAUUUUGUGUUCCUAAAACUGCGAUGAAAGUGUUUAGCUUUUUCCUCAAGUGGACGUUUACAGUGCUGCUGAGUGUCUCGUUAUGUCUUAGUGAAGAAAGUUCUGCUUCAUCAAACAUUGUGAAUCCCUGUUGCUAUUAUCCUUGUCAAAACCAUGGGGUUUGUGUUCGAUAUGGACUGGAUAGAUACGAGUGUGACUGCACCAGAACGGGUUACUACGGAGAAAAUUGCACUACACCCGAGUUCUGGUCAAGAGUCUAUCAUCUUCUAAGGCCCAGUCCUAAUGCCAUCCACUACUUCCUCACACAUUUUCAAUGGCUCUGGGACAUCCUCAACGGGACGCCUUUCAGGGAUUGGCUCAUGCGUAAAGUUCUUACCAUAAGAGCCAAUUUAAUCCCAAGCCCCCCGACAUACAAUUCCAAAUAUGACUACCUGAACUGGGAAGCGUAUUCCAACAUCACAUACUACACAAGAAUUCUGCCUCCAGUUCCUCAAGACUGCCCUAAACCUAUGGGAACAAAAGGAAAAAUGGAGCUUCCAGACCCCCAAAUCCUUGCAGAAAGGUUCAUGUUGAGACGGAAUUUCAGGCCGGACCCUCAGGGAACGAAUCUGAUGUUUGCCUUCUUCGCUCAGCACUUCACGCACCAGUUCUUCAAGACCCACAACCGUGUGGGUCUCGGGUUUACAAAAGGCCUGGGUCACGGGGUUGAUGCUGGACACAUUUAUGGAGACACUCUUGAUCGCCAACUAGACCUCAGGCUUCACAAAGACGGGAAAUUAAAGUACCAGGUAAUAAACGGUGAGAUUUUUCCCCCCAAAGUGGCAGACGUGCCAGUGAAAAUGAGUUACCCUCCCUCCGUACCACUGGAUCAGCAGCUGGCCAUAGGUCAAGAAGUCUACGGACUGCUGCCCGGUCUCAGCAUGUACGCCACCUUGUGGUUACGUGAACACAACCGCGUGUGUGACAUCCUGAAGAAAGAACAUCCAACAUGGGGAGAUGAGCAGCUCUUCCAGACAGCCAGACUCAUUAUUAUAGGUGAGACAAUUCAUAUUGUGAUCGAGGAUUACGUGCAGCACCUGAGUGGUUACCUGCUGAAGUUGAAGUUCGACCCCACGCUGCUCUUCACUUCUCAGUUUCAGUAUCAGAACCGCAUCGCUGUCGAGUUCAACCAGCUGUACCACUGGCACCCGCUCAUGCCCGACAGCUUUCACAUCGCUGGAGAAGAGUUUCAGUACCCUCAGUUCCUGUUCAACACCUCCAUCCUCACUCACUUCGGAGUGGAGAAGCUGGUCGAGGCUUUCUCGACCCAACCCGCGGGACAGAUCGGAGGUGGAAAUAAUAUUAAUAAAAUGGUAUUAAAGGUAGCGGAGGGUGUCAUCGUAGAAUCAAGAGAACUUCGGCUUCAGCCCUUCAACGAGUACCGCAAGAGAUUCAAUCUGAGACCAUACACAUCCUUUUCUGAAUUAACAGGUGAUAAGAAGGUGGCUAAAGAACUCGAAGAGCUCUAUGGUGACAUCGACGCGGUCGAAUUCUACCCAGGCCUCCUCCUGGAGAAGACGCGACCCGGUGCAAUAUUUGGCGAAAGCAUGGUGGAAAUGGGAGCCCCGUUUUCCUUAAAAGGCCUCUUGGGAAAUCCCAUUUGCUCCCCUGAUUACUGGAAACCCAGUACGUUUGGAGGUCAGACGGGUUUUGAUAUAGUUAACACCGCCUCGCUACAAAAACUAGUUUGCCUCAAUACAAAAUGGUGUCCGUACGUAUCUUUUCGCAUUCCUCCAUCAGACUUUGAGAAACUGAGAAGAUCUCAUGGUGAACUUUAGCACACGAUGUGCCUGAAGCAAUGAAACUGUUUCAACUGCUGUAGGUCAACGAUUGAGUCUUUUCAUACACUUAACAAAAACAAAAACGGGGUUAUUUCCUAACCAGCGUUGGGUCUAAAGGGGACAAAUAUAAAUCGUUUUUGUGUUCGAUUAACCCAAGGGCUGGGUUUGUUCCUUUUUGACCCAAUGUAUUAUGUUGUAGCAUUUUUUUUGACCUUACACUUAUGGAGAUCAGAGCACAAUCGAACAAUCUAUUCGUUUUCUCAAGUUUGUGCAAACUUGUAAAUAAUGCUUGAUAGAAGUUGCCCUGCUCUCCCAUAUACAGCCACGGAAAAAAAUUAGAGACUACUACAGUUUUGACUUUAAUCAUCAUUUCUAGAUGCAUUGUGACCAUUUUAGUCUAAAAGCAAACCUCGGGACUGACAUAAACCAAAAUAUUAAGAGCAUGACAAGACCCAAGAUGUGACAAACAUUUGUAUUUUGUUGUUGAGAAAUGAAUUGGAACUGCACUAUUGAAGAUCGAAAAACUAAAUCUUUUUCAAUUUUGAGUAAAUGCAAAUAAAAACAUAAUUUUUAUUACGAAUUUGGCAGAAAUGUUGUCGGUAGUUGACAGAAUGAAACAAAAAUGAUUAUACAUUUUUUUCCAUGGCUGUAUGUUUGGCAACACCACUAAUUCUAACUUUAAUUCAGUUUUAUUGAAGGGACAUUGCACUUUUUUUGAAAAUAUGCUAAUUUUCGAGCUCAACUAGAGUUAAACUUUUGAUUUUUACCAUUUUGGAAUCCAUUCAGCUGAUCUCCGGGUUUGGCGGUACAACUUUUAGCAUAGCUUAGCAUAAUCC